AAUGUCCUUCAAUACAACGGCGUAAGAUGAGAAACAUUGCAGCGGCACUGUUUGUCUUACUGGUAAUCUUCAAGUUAAGGGCUGCCAAAUGUUUUGUUUCGUCAGUGCUGUGCUCUCGCAUUCCCGGUCUCACACAAACCCAGCGGCAGAUAUGUACGGAGUCGCCGGAUGCAGUAAUAUCGCUAGCAUCUGGCCAGCUGCUUGGAGCAAGUGAAUGCCAAAAACAAUUUCACGGUCACCGUUGGAACUGUUCUCACGUGUGGAAUAAAGAGAUGUUUGGGCAGAUAAUGGUUAUAGGUUCGAAAGAGGCUGCAUAUACAUAUGGCAUUACCAGCGCCGGUGCCGUAUAUUCGAUAACUGCUGCGUGCGCAAAAGGAAACAUUACGUCCUGCGGUUGUGAUACCCAGCAAAAAGCAUUCACAUCCAGUGACUCUGAAAGCUGGAAAUGGGGCGGUUGUUCCGUGGACAUCGGCUACGGUAUGCGAUUUGCAAAAAAGUUUCUCGAUGCUCGUGAAAUCGAAAACGACAGUCGCAGUUUAAUGAACCUGCACAACAACCGCGUCGGUAGGAAGCUCGUCAAGAUGCUCCUACGGACGGAGUGUAAAUGCCAUGGUGUCAGUGGAUCUUGUGCCAUGAAAACCUGCUGGAAAAGCUUGCCAUCAUUUCACGUCAUUGGCAACACCAUGAUGAAGAAAUAUCGCAAAGCCAAGCUAGUGCACGUGCCAGCCACUUCUUCCAAUGGUCAGUUGGUUUUGAAACGGAAAGGAAAUAAACCGCCGCCAAAAGACGGUAAAGCCAAGAGUGAUAGUCAAAAUCCAAAGAGAUCGGAGUUGGUCUAUCUGCAGCCUUCACCAAACUAUUGCGAGCGCAACAUCAGCAUUGGAAUACUCGGCACCGUCGGUCGGAGCUGUAAUCGUACCUCUACCGCCAUCGAUCGGUGCGAUCUACUAUGCUGUGGACGAGGCUACAACACGCACCAGACCGUCCGGAGCUGGCAGUGCAACUGCAAGUUCAAAUGGUGCUGUACGGUAACGUGUGAUAUCUGCACCGAGCGCAAGGAAGAAUACACCUGUAAAUAA